GGUUUUAAUAUCGAAUUGAAGUUUAAAUUGAAUAUUCUAGAAAAACCACGGAUUAUUUGGCGGAUUUGACAUCCAAACUAUAAAACCACAGAUUAAUAAUCCGCUCUUUUUGAAGCGGAUUGAUGCCACCGCGGAAUCCGCGAUGGCACAAAGUGCAGAUUAUUUCAGCGGAUUCAGCACGGAUUUUACAUCCAAACUAGCCCUUACUCUUGGAGGAGGUUUCUCUUCUUCUUCGCCAAGGUACGGCAUGUGCUGCGAUAUGGUUGAAAACUUCGAAGUAGUUCUUGCAGAUGGUCAAAUCAUCAAUGUCAAUGCCAAUGCAAAUUCGGACCUCUGGACUGCACUCAAGGGUGGAAGCAAUAACUUUGGAAUUGUAACCCGAUUCGACAUGAGAACUUUUUCACAAGGCAAACAAUGGGCCGGGCUAGUCGUAUACCCAAUCUCCACCUUAGAUGAGAACUUCAGGGCACUCAAUAGUAUACAAAACGAUUGGGACCCAUAUGCGUCGAUGAAACUGAGUAUCACAUUUUCACCUCAAACGAAAUUCACUAUUGCAUCAAACUUUGAAUACACCAAAGAAGACAGCGAUCCAGCCGUAUUCAAACCUUUCAUGGAUAUCAAGCCUCAAUACAGAAAUACAAUGAAGAUCUCGACCCUCGGGGAAACUGCCCGAGACAUCCAGAAAAUGCAAGCCAAGGGAGUUCGUCAGAUCUUUGCUACUACGUCCUUCCAAUUUUCUGUUGCUCACUUACAGGACGUGUACACUCUCUUCAAAAGUGCGGCUACCUCUGUGGAGGAUAUUAAAGGCAUGCGAUGGACGCUGACAUAUUGGCGUCUCCACAACUCAAUUACUGCCAAAUCGAUGGCAUCUGGAGGCAACUCAACAGGCCUUGAUACUUCGCAGGGCUCCCUUGUUCUGUGCAUAUUGACCUACUUGUGGGAAGAUAAAUCUGACGAUGAACGUAUGGAUGGAACGGCUAGAAGAUUUAUCGAGGAAGUUGACGAGUCCAGUAAGAUUGCAGGGUUGUUCCAUCGCUACAAGUAUGUCAAUUACUCGGCGGGCUAUCAGGAUCCGAUCAGUGGAUAUGGUGAUGAUAUAAAGAGUAGUUUGCAAGCAGUGAGCAAGAAGUAUGAUCCCGAGGGCUUUUUCCAGACUGGUGUCCCAGGUGGCUUCAAGAUAUCACGUUAG